AUGCAAAUUUACGGUCUAAUAUAUAUUUUAGAUAAUGUACCCCAAUUGCUUACUUUGCAAAAUGUUUCAGUGGAGGCUAAUAUUGUUGAUAUGAUCUCUGAAGGUAACAAUCCAAAUUUCGGGUUUCAAUAUACAGUAUAUAAUACAAUAUUAAUCAUCUUUGAACGUUAUCCUUUCUUUGGAAUCAUCCUUUCUUUGAAAAUAGUUAAAAUUUGUCAAACCUAUAAAAAUACUACUUCUGAAACCAUUGAAGCUUUAUAUAAAUUCCCAACAUAUGAGAAUUCUGCCAUUUAUGAAUUUGAAGCGGAAAUUGAUGGUGAUAGGAAAAUUAAAGGCAUUGUUCAUGAAGCCAAAGAAGCAGCCCAAAAAUAUAAAGAAGCUAUAUCGAGUGGUUAUGGUGCCUACUUGUUAGAAGAAGAACUAUCUGAUAUCUUUCAAUGUUCAGUGGGUAAUCUCACUCCUCAACAGACCGUAGUAAUUAAAAUAACCUAUGUCUCAGAAUUGAAGCAUGAUUCCGAAAAUGAACGUAUAAGAUUCGUAUUACCUACAACGAUUGCUCCGAGAUAUGGGUCCUCAUAUGGAUCGACUUUAAAUCCAGGAUCUAAUGAUGGAAAAGUGCUUCUACCUGGUAAUUCAUCACCUGUCUUGAAUGCUACUUUAAUAGUCGAAGUUACAUGUAGAAUGACAUCGAUGAUUACAAGUAUCGAAUCUUCAUCACACUUGAUUACCACUGAAUUGAAUAUUGGUGGAGAUAAUAAAGUGGCAAAGAUCCAAUUGGCAGAAGACGUUAGCUAUUUGGAAAAAGAUUUUGUUUUGGUAGCUAAAACUUCUAUUAAAUCUAAAUCCACUGAGCUAGUAUUUAUAAUUGAUCGCUCUGGUUCUAUGAGUG